CGCUACAGCAUCUUCCUUGCCGCGGUGAAUCUCGUGCCCCGCGCGGCGUCAAUUGAGCCAUGGUCACGUCGCCAGCUGUUCCCGAGUACGCCCUGUCUUCUGUAGCCCUCGAACCCACCGUGUUUUGGACAUGCGCCCAGCUGUUCCGUCCCAUGUGCCUUCGCCUCGAUGCGCUGCAAUUGCGCUGCUGGAAUCUACGAGGACGAGCUCCAGUCCGCGAUCGAAGCACGCUCCGAGUCCCUACAGACACUGCGGGAGCUAGGCCCACCCGACCUCGUGCACCUCGUGAAGCAGCCCGUCAAAUCUACCACGAAGCAGGUCGGCGUCUACCACCAUGUCUCCGGGAUAGACGCAUCGUCAUCCGCCAGUCUAGCAGCCUACAUCAACACCCUCACCUACUCUGCCCACGACAAGCAGCACAAAGUCGUUUCUGGACUAUACUGUUGCUACAAUGCCUUUUCGCGACUGGACAUGCGCGUGCAGGUCUACAUCCCAGGUACCGUGGAGAGCUACUGCAUCGACGAGCGGGGCGACAAGCGCGUAGCGACCGACGAACUGUGGCUGGAGACGUACCUAUGCAGCGUCCUUCGCGCAUACUCAUACGCCGAUGACGGCUCAGGCGACACCAUCAAGAAGAUCAUUGGCGUGCGACGCUUCAACCCAAUCACCAGCACAGAGAGCGAGCACAAGUUUUUGGACGCUGCAGAGCGCCUGUUCUUCAGUGGCUGGCAAUUGGGAUCUGAUCCUGAGAUCCAAGUUCCAAACCUCGUCUCGAACCACUUGACCACAGGACUGCUGAGCUACAUCCAAACUACAGGCCGAUAUGCAUCAGGCAUCAACCUCUUCGAGAAGCUGCGCACUCGCGAUCCGGAGAUCUCAUCUCUGCUCGCGCGUGUCUACAUCGAGGCGGACGAGGAGGUCAAGGCCGUUCAGUUGCUCCACGAAGCCAUCCAAGAAUUACCCAUGGACUACUCGUUGCUAGAUUGCCAGGCCGAAUUCUGCAACAAGAAGGGUCGCGGAGAUCUUGCGCUCGAGAUUGCGAAGAGAAGCGUAGUGUCUGCACCUAGUGAAUUCGGAACCUGGGCAAGAUUAGCAGAAAUCUACGUCAGCCUGGAGCAGUGGGAUCUCGCUCUUCUAACGCUGAACUCAUGUCCUAUGUUCACUUACCAGGACAAAGACGCACCGCGGAUGCCGGAGCCACAGAGAGUCUUUCUACCUGUCAUGCAGGAAGCACUGUGUGACGAGAUUGAGGACGGCAACCUGGACGAGAUGGAAAUGGUGCACCCGACCCUGAGAAAACUGCACGCCGCCGGCUUCAAGGGAACUUUCUUGAAAGCGUACAUUCUCCUCACUGAGAUUACCAAGAAAAUUGGGUGGGACCAACUUCUGAAGAUUCGGUCUCAAGUCUUCGUCAUGGAAGAAGAAUACCGCCACGAAAAAACUCAAGCGCCUGCUCCUCAUUCCCGCAGCGCAAGCACCACGGCCCUUCGCUCCCCAUCGCCCAACGCGCGAGUAAACGGCGGCAGCACUGAAAUCGAACAACGCCCUGACGACACCGAAGACGCGCCAAACGGCGAAUCCUCCUCCUCUGCCGUCCCACCACCAGACUCAUUAGAAAAGCCCAGCCACACGGUAGCCUCUGAAGUCGUCAAAGCAGGCAGCGAAGACCCGCACCUCACCUCUGACUCCAAUCCCAACAACCCCAACUACACACAAUUCCAGAACAAGCGCCUGUGCGAACGCUGGCUCGACAACCUCUUCAUGGUGCUGUACGAAGACCUGCGCGUCUACACGAUAUGGCGCACAGAGAUGGCGCAGUACCGCCAGCAGCAGCUGCUGUACAAGAAGAGCGCCGAGGAGUGGGAGAUCCUGGGCGAGCUGGCAGAGCGCUUGCACCACAUCGACGAGGCUGUCGAGGCGUACGAGAACUGUCUGCAGAUCAAGUUUAGCCCCAAGGCGAUGCGCGGCGUGCUGAAACUGGGCCAGGAGAGGCGCAAUACGAGGGAUGUUUGUGCCGCCCUGAUCAGGCUGGUUACGUGGCAGUAUCGCUGGUACUCGGAGUUCUCCCCGUCCCUCCUCUUCACCAUCCGGAAACUCAUCGAGGAGGAAGGCGCGGUCAAGAUUCGCAGUAUCAUUCAGGGUACAAGUUUGCCGCAGCAUGUUCUCGACCUGACGCAUCAGUAUGCAGCGCUGUGUGCGGCGUUCAGGAGCAGCGGGAGCGAUGGUUAG